AGCCGAAGCUGCCCACGGAAGCGGCGCGGGCGAUCAAGGCCGCAGGGGCGCUAGGCGCAGGCACGGGAACGUCCCGCUUGAACCAAUGCGAGCGGCCCUCGACCAUCGAGGGGCCAGAUAGGAGGGAAAGGACGGCGGUGAAGAGGAUGGGGGACAGCAUUGUCGCAGAUUAUGGAUGCCGGUGUUCUUUCAGAGCGAGAAGUUGUCGAUGUCAAGCUACCGAACAGCCUGACAAAAAAGACAAUGGACGAGAGACCGAAAAACGAGGGUUGGCUGAAAGCGAGCGAAAGGACGAGGAGCGAAGGCGACACCUGGUCCGGGGAAGCGAAAGGGUACAGACGCGCGGCGUCAGAGAAGAACGAAAGUGUGCGGGAGCGAAGGGAAGGGGAAGGGGGCCGGAAAGACGAAGGGCGAAGGACGUGAGGGAGGGGGAAUCGAUGCGCGCGGGCACGCUAUAUAGGUAGGGCCGUGACGGAACCACAGCAACGGAUCCCGACGCGAGAUCAGCGACGGCGUGAGCGGGCGGUCAGGCACCGAGGCAUGGUGGGCCUCGGGAACG